UGGGGGAACUAGUAAAAUUAUUCCCACCACAAAAAGAAAAAAAAGGAAGAAAAAUCAAUAUUGCAAUUCAAAUUCUCUUUCUAGCUUCUGAUCUCUGCUAUUUUUAAACUCAAUUCAAAACUCCAUCUUUACAUUCCUGUAGCAAGGCUUUAACAAUUGCUUAUUAUCAUGCAAAUGCAGAGAGAAAUAAGUAGAAUCAUAUCAAUCUUCCUUUUGAUAUUCUAUUUUUCUUUGUCACAUGUUUCAUCAGUUGAUACCCUCAAACAGGGGGAUAGGCUAAAUUCUUCUGCGUAUCUGGUUUCUACCAAUGGAGUUUUCACUUUAGGAUUUCGUAGCCUCGAAAAUACUAAUAACAGUUAUUUAGGAGUAUGGUUCACGGAUGAUUCAUAUGGUCCAAUAUGGCUUGGCAACAGGGACAAACCUAUUACUGAUAAUUCUGGUGUUCUCACAAUAAGCAGCACCAGGAAACUUAUCAUCAACAGCAGUGGAGGAGAUCCUAUUGAGCUGUAUGCAAAUGAAAAUGGUAUGAAUAUAACAGCCACUCUGUUGAAUUCGGGCAAUUUCGUAGUGAAAGAGAUGAAUAUAAAUGGUUCUAGGGAUAGGGUUUUGUGGCAAAGCUUUGAUUAUCCCACUGACACCCUUCUUCCUGAGAUGAAACUAGGGGUCAAUCACAGGACUCAAAGAAAUUGGUCAAUUACAUCAUGGUUUUCUCAGAAUAAUCCUGUGGCCGGAGCUUUUACGCUUGAAUGGGAUCCAAGCAGACACAGAUUGAUCAUAAGGCGGCGAGGGGUGGCUUAUUGGACCAGUGGAGAAUUGAAGGAUUAUUUUGAUGAGGAAAGGCCAGAUUUGAAACUUAAGAAAUUUGAGAAUAUAGGCUAUGGAUAUGAUCCAUAUAAUUCUAUUUACAAUUUUGUCAAUGUGACAAAUGAUGAUGAGGAUUUUAUGAGCUACUUCCUUGAAAUAGACCCGGUUCGCACACCUGAUGAACGAAAAAUUUCUGGAUGGAAGCUGGACUCAGAAGGUUUUAUAUUCGACCAUAACAGAAUGAUAAUUGUAGAUGUGCGACGUUGUUAUGGUUAUAACACUCGAGAAGGCUGCGAAUUAUGGGAUCAGCCAAAAAACUGCAGGAAUCACAAAGAGACGUUUGCUUUGAGAUCUGGGCAUUUUAUUCCAGCAAGCGAUUCAUAUAUCGAUAUUGAUAACAGUACAAGCCUUACUGAGAGUGACUGCAGAGUCAACUGCUGGAAUGACUGCGAAUGUGUGGGCUAUACAGCAGGUAGUGAAUCUGGAUGUGCAUAUUGGAAAGGGAAAGAUUUGACAUUUGUACAGAGUCUUGAUGGUUCGGAAGGUAGAAUAUAUAUUCUCAUCUCUGAGCCAGCAAAGAAAGGAAAGAAGAAGAUGAUUUGGAUAACCAUUGCUGUGGUGACUACAGUAGUUCUGCUAUUGUUGGGCAGUUCAUGGUUCAUCAUGCGUAAAAUUAAACAAGGGAAACUGGAGGAAGAACUUGAAAAAAUGAUAACCCUAGAGGAAUAUACAGACACAGAUGAACUGGACAACGACGGAAGAAAGGGACAUGAUCUCAGACUGUUUACAUAUUCAUCUAUCCUGGCUGCUACGAAUAGCUUUUCAUCAGAAAACAAAUUGGGUGAGGGUGGUUUCGGCCCUGUUUAUAAGGGAAAAAUGGUUGAAGGGCGAGAAAUAGCAGUCAAAGUACUCUCACGAGGGUCAAAUCAAGGAUUGCUCGAGUUCAAAACCGAGCUAAUACUUAUAUCUAAAAUUCAACAUGUGAAUCUAGUCAAGUUAUUGGGUUUUUGCAUCCAUGGAGACGAGAAGAUGAUAAUCUAUGACUACAUGUCCAACAAAAGUUUGGACUUCUUUCUCUUUCAUCCAGCAAAGGAGGUCCUAAACUGGGAUACACGUUUCAACAUCAUCGAAGGGAUUGCUCAAGGACUGCUGUACCUCCACAAAUAUUCGCGAUUAAGGAUAAUUCACAGAGAUUUAAAAGCCAGUAAUAUAUUACUUGACGAGAACAUGACCCCCAAAAUUUCUGAUUUUGGACUCGCAAAAAUCUUCAAUCAGAAUGUGAUAGAAGCAAAUACAAAUAGGCGUGUGGGGACAUACGGUUACAUGGCUCCCGAGUACGCAAUGCAGGGUAUUUACUCUGCCAAAUCAGACAUCUAUAGUUUUGGAGUUUUAAUGCUUGAGAUUGUGAGUGGUAAAAAAAACAAUAGCUUCCACAAUCAAGAAGGUCCUCUCAAUCUAGUGGAAUAUGCCUGGGAACUAUGGAGCAAAGAUGCUGCAUUAGAGGUCGUGGAUCAGACACUGAAAAGUUCAUGCAGCCGUAUAGAUCAAUUGCAAAGAUGCAUUCAUGUCGGUCUUUUAUGCUUGGAAAAUCGUUCAACUGAUCGCCCUACGAUUGAGGAUGUUCUAUCCAUGCUAAAAAAUGAAACGAAGCUUUUGCUAAUGCCAAAAUGCCCAGCAUUCGUCACAAGUAAUGUAGUUUAUGAACUUGAAAAUGGCAAGAAAAAGGAGUUCUCAGCUAAUGGACUCUCAGUGUCAUCAAUGGAUGGAAGAUAAUAGAAUUUGUGAUCUACUCUUCUUUGAGUGGAGGGGGUUAUAUUCAACAACUGUUAUCCUUCCCGCCUUGUUCCCACCAUCUUCAUUGCUUCCUUUAAUUUUUGUGUUUUCACUAUUCAUGUUUUCAAGUCUAAUUUUUUUGCUUUUAGUAUUUUUUUUUUUUUUUGCUUUCAUUUUUACAGUGUCGAUUUAUAUAAUGAAAUAUAGAACUGGUUUUAUAUUUGCUGUAUAAAUUAGCUUUCAUCUUA